AUGAACUGCCAUCAAGUAUUAAGUGGCGCCUGUAAUUCAGGAGAUCAAUGUUUUGCUGUCGGUUCAGUCGAGGGUAUACCUUUCACAGCAUAUGCUGCGGGAUGUAACAUAGUUAUACUGGCAUCUAAUUUUGAAAGAGUGCAGAUAAUACCUGGUGCUAUACAUGGCUAUGUACGCAUAGGAUCUCUAGAUUGCAGUACAGACACUGGAAAGAUUGCUGCUGCAUAUGGUGCAGAAGUUUGCAUAUUUGAACCUACACCAUUGAUUCAUACAGCUGCUACAACCCAUGGUUUGGAGUAUCGGUGGGUGCAAACCGGUAAACUAGUUGCCGACGGACCGAUCACAGCCCUCUCGUGGAACCUUGAAGGCACUCGGCUGUUGACUGGAGGAAAGAUCUUGCAACUUUGGCACCAAGCGUCACUUUAUCAGGAGGAUAGCCAACCAAAUUCUGGUGUAACCUUUCAAAUCGGCGGCAGCGACAAGGACGAUAAACCUAAACACCAAGAAGAUGAAGAACCUGGUUGGAUCUGCGUGUGGCGAUGUCACACGGCCACGCCUGCCCAUCACCUUGCAUUCUCUCCAGACGGCGUACUGUUCGCUACAUCUGGCAUCAACGACAGGCUAGUUAAGAUCUGGUACCAGAAUAAAGUACUUGUACAAACACAUGGAGAGCAUUCGCCGACUGAAUUGAACUACACAUUCAUCUAUGUCGCACAUCCGCGUGCUGUCACACAUCUAUCAUGGCGGAAAACGAGCAAAUAUAUGCCCAAGGGGAGCGUGGGAAAUGUUCUGGUGACGUCAUGCGUGGACAAUAUUUGCCGCGUGUGGACGGAGACGCUGCUGCCGGAGGACGAGUGGGGCGGAGGGUGCGUGACGUCACACUCGCGGUCUCCACCGCGGCGGCAACGCGCCACGCACAGACACAAGCACCGCUUCAUGCAGCGCUUAAAGCACAUGAAGACAUGCUUCCAUAUCCGACGGAACGCGCAGUCGUCAAAGACACCUGGUGCACCCAUACCUACUCUGCCUUCCACAUACAGCGCUCACGACUUUCACAAUCCGUACCACGCUAGUUCCUACACUGGAGGUCUGCAUUUCCACUUGGCGGCUUCAAUAAAUGCGGAGACAGAUAUCCCUCUGGUGCCCUCGCUGGCGGGCGGCGGGCGUUUUAUACUGCACUGGCUGCACAACAAAGAGAUGCACUUCACAAGCCGAGCUGAGGCUAUAUUGCACGACCUUACUAAAAAAGUGUUAGAUAAGGAAGAUACUGAUGAAGGGUCAGGCUCUGAUCCUACUCAUCCGGAUGGAGAUAAUGAUACAACUAGCGGUAACCACAGUCACCCCAGUUUGUCGAAUACGACAUCUAUAAACUCAAUAGCUACGGACGUUACGUGUACUCACCUGCCGGACUCUUUAGACGCUAAGAUCGAGUCCCUACUGCGUGAUUGGCAUCAAAGCCCGGACCUGCUUUUCUCCAUACACCCCGUCGAUGGCAGCUUUCUCAUAUGGGUAUGCGAGUGGCUGGACGAGCUGCAGGCGGGCGCGAUCCGGCAGGCGCAGGUGUCGUUCUCGGCGCGGAUUCCGGCCGCGUUUCCGUUGGGAGACGCGACCACUAUGUGCACGCCGGCUGCCUUAUACCACGCCGCAGCACAACCGCUCUACGUACGACACCGGACCAAGCCGCAGGUUCCCGGACAACAACAGCAUCCGGAUGCAGUAACUACUCCGCUGGCGAGUGUACAAGAGGAAAAAGAAGAAAAUGAAUGGCCACAAAAUGAAGAACAAACUGAGCCAAAGGAAAAUGGUCCAUUGGAGGAAAAUAACAACGAGAUGCAACGGAAAACGAGUGUGGUCGCUGAGGACUCGUCGGAGAAUCAGGAGGGUGUGCUGGAUUCCGCACCAGUCAUAUCGAUGGUCACAAAUCAUACUAACGGAACAUUAAAUUUAUGGCAGCUUACAUUUGAUGAUAAGUCGAAGUUUUCACAAGUAUUAUCCAUAGGACACGCGUCGAGAGCAUCUGGUCACAGGUUUAGGGUCAACGACAUCACAUGCCAUCCAGUAUUACCACUGUUGCUGACAACCAGUCAUCACAAUAUAUCGGAUAGUGAAAGGGAAAACCAGAAAGUAGAUGAAGACACAGCAGCUGGCGGCCUGUGUUCCGAGUUAAUAAUGUGGCGAGUGGAAUGUGUGGGUCCACUCGGCAAGUCGGGCGGCGUGUCAGAACUGGCGCGAGUUAACUCGCCCCAUUUAUCCGCCUUUAGCAACGUCGCUUGGUUACCGACACUCCUGCCCAGCACAACUCUGGGCAACUUGUCAAAUUCGCCGUCAGCGUGCUUCGUGGCCAGUGACGGCGAAAGUCUGCGCGUGUUUCAAGCUGUUAUUGACGCUCGCACACUACUCGCCGAAAUCGCCACUUCCGAGCGCCGUCAUACCGAUGUAAUGCAACAACACGACACAAUGUCGCUAUCAUCUGAGUCAACAUUAGAAGAGGGAGGUAUACCACUCCACGACCGCAUCAAGAUAGUUUCGCAACAGUCGACUGCAAGGCCUGGCGCCAUCAUACAGCUACAUGCAAUUGCAGACGCGACGCACGAUUGGCACAACACACAACUACUGCACGUGUUCCAGGAACAACUUAUUACUGGUGAACGCACAGCACCUAAUAAUGAGAAUUUAAACACUGCUGGAGAUAAUUCAGAUGUUCAUACUAUCACUGAAGCUGGUCUUGAAGCAAUAGUGGACUUGCGGAAAGCAGCAGUUUUCAAUGAACCUUUUUACAUCGUGGUAUUGGAGAGGACCGACGGCGGAUCGACAGUACAUAUGUGGAGGCUUACCGUCUCGUCACAAGCAGAUCCUGCAGAGGACUUCACGAACAGUAUGAUGUACGUACCAGACAGCGCUUUAGUGCAAGAGGAGGAGGGAGAAUCGCGCAAGAACUCCGUUUCGAUGGACCAAGACCGAGCACCUACCGCACCUACACCACACUCGUAUCUUUCUAUAUCUACUAAAAAGGUGUGCGAGUGUCCACUGUCGCUGCCGGAAGCAGUGGAUGUGAUCCACGCCACACCGGCCGCCGGCCACUUGAGUUCGGCUUCCAUCUACCCGGCCUGCCUCGCUCCGUACACCCUCGCCACUGCUUGCUCUGACAACACCCUUAGAUUCUGGAAAUGUCACGUGACGAAGAAUGAUAACGAUGAAUUUGAUUACACAUGGAAGGAGUGGGAAAUGAUGAAUAAAGAUCAAGAAUCUACUAUAGACACACCUGGUCAACCCCUUCACAUUAGUGCUGCAUACUCAGGCCGUAUAGCAUGCGCGUAUAAAUGCGGGAAAUCUUUCACUCGACCCAAGGGCAACGCGACCACCAACAAUAAUUCAAACGACGCGCGUUUUGUGAACUUGUGCGUUUGUGUUUACGAGUGUGAGAGCACCGGUGGCGCCGAGUGGUUACUCGAGGACACGAUACCGCUGAAAAAUGUCAGCCUGCCGAGGGUUGGAGUUUGCACUGACACGCAAAUUGAUCUAUCUUACUUACACGAUACUUCGUUUAUGCAGAAAAAACAGAGAUUGACUCAGGUUCUUCAAACGCUGUCUUCCGAGGAAAGGAGCAACAGUCGCAACGGAGAAGGUGAUACAGGAAAAUCCGCGGGUCUGCUCGCUGUACCUUCGUUUAGCACGCUGCAAUCACUUCGAAAGAGUAUUAUGGAGAAUGGUAACACUUGCCCUCUGACGCAGAAGCAUCUAGUCCAGCUUGACUGGGUGUCGAAGGAGGACGGGUCGCAUAUACUCACGGUCGCUGUUGGCUCUAGAGUAUUGUUGUUUACACCAGUCUCAAGUGAUCUCGCACAAGCGAACUUAAAGGCAAUGAAAGAAUCCAUAAACAACAAUCGUCCAAUCCUUCGCAAGGCAUCUUCACUCGCUGCGCCAUUAUUCAUCGAGGAAAUUCGUUGGAUGCAGCUACGGAGAAUUGAACUAAAAACUGCCGAUGGAUUACCUCCAUUGCCAAUGCAGAUUUCGUGGGUGCGUGAUGGGAUACUCGUGGUGGGCAUGGACUCAGAGAUGCACGUUUACUCACAGUGGAAACCCGAAAACUCACAGACGUCAUCAGGACAAUUUGGUGGACAGGAGAUAGAAGAAGGUGGUGAAUCUCGAGCACUUCGCGAUUCAGACCUGCGUGUGUCCGCACCCCAUCUGCAACGCGUGUCAUCCAUCAACUUGCAGUUGCUCGAACGUGAUGCACGUAGACGCAACAAAACUCAGCCUGAUCAACCACAGCCACUAUUGGAUUAUAUGCCGGACUACGGUCUGUUCGAGGCGUCACAGAUGGCAUGUCCAGUGUUACCGCAAUACCACCCUAAACAGCUAAUGGAAUUAUUGAACAGCGGCAAAAUCAGAUGGGUCAAGGCUAUACUCGCACAUCUUGUCAGAUGUAUCGGGGGAUCAUAUACGGGUAGAAGUUCACAAGGUGACGAAGACAGCUUAUCCAGACAGCGUGGCUGGUCGCGCUCACGCACGCUCUCCGUAUCUUUCGCCGCUGGCGCGGGCUCGCCGCUAGAUGGCGUCACACAGAUUACAGAAGAUGUGCAGUUAGAUUAUGCAGAGUUAACCUCAGUGCCGCCGCUACCUCUCUGGACAUUGCUUGUUGCUGAUAAAGAAUCGCCACAUCAUCCGUCCACUAUACAGGAAGCUAAGGAUUAUAAUGAGCUAUUUGAAGGAACGAUGGAUACAGAAGACGAUUUAGAUGCCUUACUGCUGGGCGAAGAUGAAGGUGUUGAUCGACGGCCAUCGAUGCCGGAAAGACAACCGCUUUCACACUUUGGACCUAGACAAGGUCGUAUCCUCUCCCGAUUGUUGACCCACACACACCUUCCUGGGCUAAGUUCUCUGGAUCAGAUGCAUUUACUUGCACUGGCCGAUACCGUGUCUACUUGCGACGCAGAUUUCGCUGAACGCUUCGCCACUAAUGCCAAAGUGGAUGUCGCUCAGGGAACUGGACAUGAAGUAUUGCCUGAUUCUCUUGACGACUGCGGCCUGCGUUUCUUGCUAGCUAUGAAACACUACGGGUACCUACUACGAUGCUUGCCUAUCGCGCAGCGCGCAACUUUACAACGUACGGGAGUAGGGACAUGUAACCUUGUGUGGGCAUUCCAUUCAGAGACACACGAGCAACUGCUCGCCCUAGUACCGGGGUAUGCUAAGGGACAACCCAAAUGGAGCACUAUGAGAGAACUGGGCGUUGGUUGGUGGGUCAGAGGCGAUUUACUUCGAACCUGUAUGGAACGUCUCGCUUGUGCGGCGUUCAAACAGAAACAAGAUCCCCUCGAUGCGGCCCUGUACUACCUGGCUAUGAAGAAGAGGAUGCUGUUAUGGGGCCUGUUUAGGUCGCAGCGAGACGAAAGGAUGACCGCGUUCUUUGCAAAAGACUUCACUGAAGAUCGUUGGCGUAAAGCUGCUCUAACUAAUGCUUACGUUCUUCUGGGUAAACAACGUUUCGAACAUGCCGCCGCAUUCUUCCUUUUAGGCGGCGCUUUGAAAGAUGCUUUGGAGGUAUUGAUUACAAGAUUAGGAGAUUUGCAACUAGCAAUGGUUGUCGCACGACUAUACGAAUCCGACAGCAUUUUACCGGCGAGCUUGAAGAAAUUGCUUAUGGAUGAGAUAUUAGGUGGGGAGACAGAAGACGGGGAAAUAAUACUAGAGCGCGCACAUCCAGACCCGUUCGUGCGUUCAAUGGCCCUUUGGGAAUUAAAACGAUACGGUGAAGCUUUGGACACGCUACUGAACCCAGCCGGACGUUUGCACGCCGCGAGGGAUAACGAACCUACGCCCAGCGUGUUCAACUUCUAUGUGUAUCUACGGACUCAUCCGCGGCUGAAACGACACAACUUGCCCAGUCAGGGCGGAACAUUAGCGCUAUUGCAACAAGAGGCAGAAGAAGGAAUAACUCGCUUGGAACGGCGUCUGUAUUUCCAAACCGCGCACGGACACUUCAAGGCGGGCUGUCCGGCGCUCGCUCUGGAAGUGUUGUCGAAGUUGCCGGCCCGGAUACGCGACGAGAAGCAACGCCAGCCGGUCUCUGUGCCGUCCGUCGACGAAACCGUCAUACAUACCGGCCAACUGGUCGAACAAACAGUCAAAAAAGAAGAAGAAUCUCAGGAUUGGGGAGCACCUACCGAGGAUGUAGACUGGGGAGCUCCCGUUAGUUCAACGAAAAAUGAUGAACUGGUUCUUACCUGGGACGAUGACGACGAUAAAGGCUCUGGUGGUUCUGGUGCUUCAACCCCACCGUUAGAAAUGAAGAUGGACAAGAAAGAGGAACCGUUAGUUAAUGGGGAAGUAGAGAAAGAAAAGGAAUCAGAGGAAAUAGUAUCUGUUGAUAUAAUGGCGCAACAGCUCAAAUUUGUGGCUUGCUUGAAGAUACUGAUGGAGGAAUUGAGCACUCUGGCCACUGGAUUUGAAGUAGAUGGCGGGCACCUGCGGUACCAGCUGUACAUCUGGCUGGAGCGCGAGGUGGAGGCGCUGCGGCGGCUGUGCGGGUACAGCGCGGGCGGCGGCGGCGGCGGCGGCGGCGGCGGCGAGCUGGUGUGCGCCGACGCGGAGCCCGCGCCGCUGCCCGAGCGGCCCACGCUGCACCAGCUGCUGCUGCGAGAGAAGGCCGACUUCGAGGCCAAGGUGCAGCGCGCCGUGCGCCGCAAGCGCUGGCUCAAAGCCAAUGAAACACUUCUUCGUACAUUGCUAUCGUACUGCUCGCUACACGGUGCGGGCGGCGGCGGACUGGCCUCUGUCCGGAUGGAGUUAAUACUUCUGCUACAAGAACUGGGGCAAGACAAACAACACCAGCAGCUACUGUCGCCGUUACCAUUCCCAACUACACUGCCACUCUUGGCUGCCGCUGUGGCGACUAACAAUACAGUAGUCGCUGACCCAGUCAGACAUCUGCAGUCGAUGGCACACGACAUGUUAGGGACGACGGGAGAACUUGGCAUCCCUGGAGGGUCCGCAACUCGCAUUCUUCACACGCUGAGGGAACUGUCCGUGGCACUCUCCGCCUGUAUCUACCAAAGUCUGUGCGACUCAGAUACGUUCAGUCUCAAGCAUUCGCCGCAUCACGACAGUAUUAUAGCGGAAACUCCCGGUACAGCCAACUUACUUCCGCGACAGAGACGUCAUUCAGUAGAGGAACUCGUAGUUACUACCAUUCCAAGCAAAUGGCCAGGCGUGUCGGCGCUGCGCGGGCUGGCGCUGCGCGCGGCGGAGGAGGAGGACUCGCCGCGGCUGGCCGUGCUGCUGGCGGAGGCGUUCGUGGCGGCGCACCUGGCGCUGCUGGGCUGGGCGCUGGCGGCGCGCGACGCGCACCUGCUGUACCGGCUGGCCGCGCACGAGCCUGACGCGCGCGCGCACGCCCGCCUCUUCGGAGGCGGAGUGCGGCGCCUGCUCACCACCGCGCCCGCUACGCCCCCGCAGCCGAAACUAAUUGAACGUACGGAGGGCACAUCGGUUUGGUCAUCACUCCGUGAUAAACGCAACCUUCUGAACAUGCGUAUAUUAGGACUAGGCCCUGCAGCACCACACAAGAAUAUACAAGAAGGGCGGCCGACAUUCCGGGAGCAGUUUGUCCCACCGCAGUGCAGUAUACUUACAUAUCUGCUAACAAAGCCAACACCAGAACAAGAUCCUGACAAUAAUGACUACGACUCGGCGGAAUCUGGCGCGGAGGAUGCAGACGAGAGUGACAGCGAUAUCGACGACGAUGAUAUCUUUAAUACUAACACCACUACUAAGAGUGAGAAACGUCGCAAGUGCGCGAACUUGGAACACUCCGAUCCAGAUUCGUACUCGUGGUACGUGAUGCGUGUGGCUGUGCUACGACUCGCGCAACAGAAACUGCAACAUUUUCUGCAACUCUGCGGCAUCGAAAUGUCAGAACUUGCAACAACAAGUCCUACUGUGCACGCGGCUUUGCGUCGAGUGGACCAAUGGCAGCAACAGCUUACAGAAACACUAGAAUCACGAGCCCCACCACCAGAUUUCAUUCCUGGUUGCUUCCCUGAGCAACAGACAACUGGGCCGCCUAUAAAUAAAUACAGAUGCCUACUAGAAAAACAUAAUACACCAUUCAACUCGGCUUUGUAUAGUGCUGCACCAGCGAGACGAUUGUGGUCUUAUCUCGUACGACAAGAACCCGUCCAAGAGCUGUUCAUCCGCGCGGUGUUCUCCCGGCGGCGCGGCGUGGCGGCGGCCUGCGACGCCGCCCCGGGGCUCCCGCCGCGGACCCACGACGGCCUGCAGAGCCCCGUGCGCAUCAUACACAAGGAGCAGGACUCCAUCGCCGCCUUCUGUCUCAAUAGGGUGGGCGGCGGUCUGCUGGCGGUCGCGACCGCCCGUGAAGUGCAGGAGAUGGACAUGGACGUGUCGCUGCUGCUGCGCGGCGACGUCAGCUGGGCCGAGGACGAGUGCGACGUCGACCUCAUGGGGCUCGCCACCGACCCCGCCACGCUACCCGACACUGGCUUCCUGCUCAUACAGCACCAGGACCGACCAAACAACGGUUCGAUACCGGGGACCGGGAACACUUCGCCACUAAGUACCAACGCACCACAGAUUCCCGUUGGUAUGGCCAGUCAGACCGGACGCGGUGCCAGCGUUGUGAAGGGCCUGCAGUUCCCGGGUUGCCACGACCCGAAAUACUGUCGCCUGGUGCUGCACCGCUCGAAGCUUCUCAUGAAACCGGUGCUGAAACACAAAAUAGACAAUAUCAAACGAAUGGCAGCACAUCCCACACAACCAUUGUACCUGACGGGCGGCGCGGACGGGUCGGUGCAGCUGUGGGAGUGGGGGCACACGUCGUGCGUGUGGUCGCCGCGCGCGCCCGGGGCCUUCGCCAAGGUGACUCGCGUGCGGUUCUCGGACUACGGGAACAAGUUCGCGGCCUCGGACGCGGACGGCAACCUCGCCAUGUGGCAGCUGCAGCCCUCCGCGCAGCCCGACCGCCCCCACCAGCCGCAGCACGCGCAGCACGCGCAGCACGCGCAGCCCCACCAGGCGCAGGCCUCCGCUAGACCAUUCUUUACCCACCAAUGUCAUAGUAAAGGAAUAAGUGAUUUUGUAUUCCUAGGCUCUUGCAGUUUGGUAGCAACAGCUGGACACAGUUCGGAGAGUAAAAACGUUGCGAUAUGGGAUACAUUAAUGCCAACCAAAAAGGCGUUGGUAGUUUCGUGGACGUGCCACGAGGGCGGCGCGGCGUGCGUGGCGUGGGCGGGCGGCGCGCUCGUGUCGUGCGGCCGCCGCGGCGACGUGCUCGUGUGGGACGUGCGCGCGCGCGCGCCCCGCCACAAGCUGCACGCGCACCACGCGCAGAUCAAGUGCCUCGCGCUCUCGCCGCGCGAGGACAUCUACGCGGUGGGCGCCGCCGACGGCGACAUCAAGGUGUUCUCAUUGGCCACCCAUCAAUUACUCUACACGUUCGCCGGGGAGCAUGCACGUAGUUCGUUCUUCAAGAACAUCGGUCAAGGCGUCACGCAAAUACAUAUUGAUAAUGCCGGACGACUGUUUUCGUGUGGCGCCGACGGUACUAUGAAAGUUCGCAAGCUACCGGAAAGAGACACACCGUCGCUCCACCACCACCAGUAUUGACUUCAUAUUAAUCAAUUAAAUUGAACCCGGUACGAUCCAAUACUAGCAGUUACUCAUUUCAACUUGUUUCAAAAUUAUUAAUCGUAACCUGGUCAUUUGUAUGUAGAUGAGUAAGUGACGGAUGAGAGUUGAGUUCGACGGUGGAAAGCCACCAAACAGAUGUACCCUUGUGAUGUAUUCGAUCGUUGUUGCUAUUCAAAUUUAGUAUAAUAAUUAUACGCCGUUAGACUAGUCACUGUAUAGGCGAUGUUGUAUCUUAUAUUAUAUUUAAAAUGUUAUUGAAUCUUUAGUUAUUUUUCUAGCGUGAAAUAUAUGCUAUUUUUAUCAUAAACUUGUAGAAAAAUGUAAACAAUAAUUUAUUUAUUUGCACUCGCUGUUAGUAGACGUAUUCGGUCCCACGGCGGUGGCCGGCCUAAAUUAACGUUAUGUAU